UUUCUAACUAGCUCGGUGAGUUUCUAGCUACAUUGUCAGGAAAGUUUGAUAUAAAAUGCUAAAUGUAAUGGAUUCGCACACGAGUUGACAGAAUCUAACGCACUAUGAAUGUGGGCGUGGCUCACAGUGAGGUAAACCCCAACACGAGGGUGAUGAACAGCAGAGGGAUCUGGCUGGCCUACCUGUUGUUGGUCACCGUGCUGCACGUCGUCCUGUUGAGCAUCCCUGUCCUCACGGUGCCUCUUGUCUGGACCCUCACAAAUGUCAUCCAUAAUCUGGUGAUGUACUUGUUUCUGCACACGGUAAAGGGCACUCCUUUUGAGACACCGGACCAGGGCAAAGCUCGCCUACUCACACACUGGGAACAGAUGGACUACGGCAUUCAGUUUACAUCCUCACGCAAAUUCCUCACCAUCUCACCCAUUGUGCUGUAUAUUCUUGCCAGUUUCUACACCAAGUACGAUGCCACACAUUUCCUGGUCAAUACAGGCUCUCUCCUCAGCGUCCUCCUUCCAAAGCUGCCCCUGUUCCAUGGAGUACGAAUAUUUGGGAUCAAUAGGUAUUGACUAACACAGGUGGAUAAUAUCAGUUAUAUUCUAUUUAUGUGUACUUUACUUGUGAUGUCCAGAGGCGGAAAUUAAUAAGAAAUGUUUGGUAACUUUAUGAGCUGUUUGAAGGGCAUUGUUGUUUUAUUGCACAGUUCAUUUUCGCUCUGUGACUAAAAACAAAGAACCAAAAUGCACUGAACGCCAAGCUAUAUGAUUAAGAGUUACUGAGUGCCUCUGCUUUAUUUCAUUUAAUUUAUUUUUGUGAUGUAUGUGUGCAAUGUGCUUGUAUCCUCAAACCAUUACCAUUACUUUCUCUCAUUACUUUCUCUUUUUGUCAGAUGACAUGUAUUUGACGUUGUUUUCUAGAAAGAGCUAUAUUGUGAAUGUCAUCACCUUCAAACCUAAGUCUUUAUAGGAUGACUUGUAUAUGUCCACACAUUGGAAUGUGUGAUUACAUAGUUUAGGAUAGUGGCAUCCAUAUAAAUAUAAUGUUGGAUGCCAUACAAAUUGAAUGUUGCCAGUCUUUGCAGUGCCUUAAAUGUUUCACUUGGCUGAUACAUUUUUCCAAUUAGUUUGGUAACAAUCAAUCCAUGUGAUGACUUAUUGGAGGUCAAUUUCCAUGUGAGCAUUCUCAAUAAAUUAUAGUGUCUAAUAAUAAACUUUCAAUAUCAGGAUUGAUUUGUCAGUGUAAAUCUAAAUACUUUGUCUUUGUAUGGAAAUUUGGAGUACAUCCCGGGGCAUACAUCAUUGUCAUUUUGUGUACAAACACAAGUGCAGCAAAUGAAUAGAUAUACCCAAGACAAAGAAAAUUGUUGCAUUGAUUGUUCUCAUCUAAUUCCAUAAUGCUCCAAGUGUGAAACCUAAGGGGAGUGUUCAGCAGUGAGUGACAACAGCAGCACAGGAGUAAAGUGACGUUGCAGGGGACUGAGGGGUCGGACCAUCAUGUAAAUUCUCAAAUUACCUGUGUAGGCGAGGCUGUGAGGAUUCUGGGAAACUCCACACACUUUAUAUGAGGCCUGUGUGGAGGGAUAUACCAAUUCCUAUGAUGUGCUGAUAGACUGGACCCUAGUAUUUUUACUUAAGUAGUUUUUGGGGGUAUCUUUACUGUUUAUAUUUUGACUACUUUUACUCCACUACAUUCCUAAAGAAAUGUAUUUUUUUCUUUUCUUUUUUUUAUGUACUUUUGCCGCCCAUACAUUUUCCCUGAAACGCAAAAGUACUCAUUACAUUUCGAAUGUUCAGACAGGACAGCAAUAUCGUCCAAUUUACACACCUAUCAAUAUAAUGCGUUGUCAUCCCUACUUCCUCUGAUCUGGCGGACUUAACACAAAUACUGUGUUUGUAAAUUAUGUCUGAGUGUUGGAGUGUGCCCGUCUGUAAAAAAUAAAAAAUAACAUUUGG